UGUGGGGUUUUGAGCAGAAACUUUGAGUCGAACCGUUUGAUUACGGCGAGGCUUACGACUAAGAGAGUAUUGAACUGCAUGUUAAAGGAGCGUCUCAAAUCACAUGAAUUGUAGUUGAUUUAUAUUUGUCUUUUCGAAGUAUGUGGUUGAGCUCCGAGAGGAAAGUUACCAAAAAGAAGAGAUAUAAAAAUGCAACAUAUACGACGCAACUUGUAGAGCACAUUGAAGGAACGUUAACCAUGGAAGUGAAUAAUAACUUGAAUAGCAUUAUGUCGUCGGAGGAAGAAGAAUGUAACUCGCCUGCCAAAAAAAGCCACGGCAACAGAGUUAGCAAAUCCAAGCAAGAAAGUUGCAAAGACCCUGAAAUGAUCUCAUACGGUGAUUCACACAAACUCGAUAUCCAAUCCAGUGUUAAAGCUCAAGUACAAAUUGAAAGUGCAGGUACUGGUCAACGUGAAAGUUCUCUGGUUUGGUUUCGAGGUCACGACCUCCGUUUAGAUGACAACCCAGCAUUAUUAGCAGCCUUAGAAAGAAAAACAAAAUGUUAUGCUAUUUUUCUCUGGAGUCCAAACUCCUUUGGAAGAUGGUAUCCUAGUAAACCUUGGUUGUGGUGGCUCCGGUCCUCUCUGCUGGUUCUAGAAAGGGAACUGAUAAAAUUGGGUGUCAAGUUGCUGUGUAGAAAUGGAUUAGCAGAAGAAGAGUUGCCAUCAGUAGUUCGUGAAAUUGGUGCAACAGUCAUUUUUUGGAAUAGAGCUUAUGAACCAAUCUAUCUGAAGGCGGAAGAACGAGUCAUUUCGAUGUUUUCUGGAAGUACCGUUAAAUUGGUCUCAUUCAAGUCAGAACUUUUUGUUGAACCUUGGGAACUGCAGAAUGAUCAUUCUCCCUUCUUUCCUGAUUUUCAUUCUUAUAUGAGAGCAUGGAUGCUUCAGUUGCCUCCACCCGAGCCAUUGAGUAUCAGCAAACAGUAUUGCACAUCGUUACCAUACACUGAACUUGAGAAUCAAGUGGGUCAGUUGGAUCUUCUUUCAAAAGAAGAUAUAGAAGCGUUUGAAUCGAAGAAUAAUUGGAAACCUGGUUGUCGUCAGGCUCAACGAACCUUGAAGGCAUUUUUGAGCGACUCUUUUGAUAAGUUUGGUGCAGCAAGAUAUCGAAGAAGUCUAACAGGAACGUCUAAACUGAGUCCACAUCUCAAAUUUGGAGAAUUGAGUGUGAAGAGAAUUUUUUAUAUGGUUAGAAAACGAGUUGCAAACAACCGUGAAAAUUGGUAUCUCUAUUCACAAGCUGCUAAGGCAUUUUUGAAAAACUUGUGCCUCCGAGAAUAUGCCUAUCAUAUACUUUAUUAUUAUCCAAAUGCUAUAGAUACUCCAUUGCAAAGCGUUUUCAAUCUUUUCCCCUGGGAGCGUGAUUAUUCUCUCUUAGAUCGUUGGUCUGUAGGUCACACAGGUUAUCCUAUGGUGGAUGCAGCCAUUCGUGAGUUACGGUCCACUGGAUGGAUUCAUAACAUUCUUCGUUUUCUUCUCGCGUCCUUUUUAACGCGUUAUUUAUUGCUUCCAUGGCAACUGGGAGCGCAUUUCCUUUAUUCACACUUGAUAGAUGGAGACUUGGCAGCAAAUACUUUAGGAUGGCAAUGGACUGCGGGAUGUAAUACGGACUCCUUUCCGUUGAGUUGUUUGGUGAAUCCUAUAGGAAUGGGUCGUAAAUACGACUCUAGUGGAACAUACGUUAGGCAGUGGAUACCAGAAUUGGCUUCUUUACAGGACAAAUACAUACAUUGUCCUUGGCAGGCACCCGAAGAUGUAUUAGCGAAUGCAAAUAUUACGUUGGGAAAGACCUAUCCGUUUCCUAUUGUUGAUGUAUCUUUUGCAAGAAGUAGAGCAAAGGAAGCAUUGAGAAUUAUGAGGCAGGUAGUAGACGGACAGCAUUUACCAAAGAGUCUUUCAUCGCCAACUGUGAACGAUGUGAUUGAAGAAUGGCCUGAUGAAGAAAUAGGAGAGGAGUCCAACCGAAUGCUAGAAGAGACAUCCAUGACAGAACAAGGCUCAUCAGCUUUAAGUCUAUUACCAUCUUUGUGGCAACUUUUACAAUAUGAUUCACCACCGUCCCUUCCAGUGAGUUCUUUGGAACAUUUGUUAUUUAAUUCCGAAAAUGAGGAUGAUGAAUUGAUGUUGAAUGAUCUAUCCUUUCAGAAAGAAGAUGAAACUGCCUAUUUUCAUUUAGAGAGUCGCGAUGAUUCCUCUUCCUAUAUGACUAACAAACUCGAUCAACUGACUGCGGCACAGUCAAAUAUCUCCAAUUUUGUAGGUUCUUAUAGUCCUUCUAUGGGCCAACAGCAUGUUUCACAAGUGUUUCUUCCAACAUGGAUGUCGACUCCUUAUUCUGCACAAGAAAGAAGAAGUUAUUCGGAAGAUGUGCAUUUGGAAACCGCUGUUUACGCCCAAAACAAUUUUCAUCGAAGAAUUCCUUCGGCAGAAACGAAUCUCAAUUACCUCUAUCAACCAUUUUUAGAUAACAGUACGCAAGAGACUGUUCAUAUGGGUCCAUUUUAUGGAAAUCCUGUUUCUCAUAAGCUUGAAAGUUAUCCAAGUGAACAUAGAAUGACGGACGUUUCUCCUUCUUCUUCAAUGCUAACUUUUCCUUCAACAAAACGCAAAGUAAAAGCUACUGCCCAUUCUUCUGCUCCGAUGGAAGAAUCAACUCAGAAAUGGAACGAUAUAUCUAGUCAUCCGGAUGAUUCCCCUGAAAUCAUUACAAUAAACAUGGAAGGUAUGCAAGAAAGUCGUAGAGAAACAACAGGAACCACAAAGAGAGUGAGGCAAACUCAGUUGAAGCGAAAACAACUUAUGACAGCGCAUUCCAGUCACAAUAGAACUUCUUUAUCGCAGAAAACAAGUAGUAGCGAUUGGAGACAGCCACCACAAACGAGCGAAGAAAGACGUGCAAUGCUGGAGAUAGUUGCAAAGGAUAACCAACAUGAAGGUCAAUUGUUUGCGCAAUUCCUUCUCCAAUACUAUGAGUUGACGGAUAAUGUAGAUCGUCGUAUUUCUCGUGAUUUUGUACGAGUUCGAAAUAUGAAAGAUCUUUUCCAUCAGUGGUGUCCAGAUAAGAAGAAACUUUUAAAGAUAUAUAAGAUCAAAUCUUUUCUAAGUGAUAUAUUGAAUCUUGAAGUGACUGGAGAAUGGGAUAGGCACCUGCAUGGUGGAGUUCGAGGUCCUUAUGUAUAUGGUAUAUGUCCCGUGGAACAAAAAGAACAAACCAUGGAAGCUCCCUGAGAAGGAUAAUGAUUAUUAUAUAUAUAUAUAUAUAUAUGAAUGCUGAGCAAACCAUCACGAUGAGGGAGAGAGAGAUCGAGAUAUGAGGUGAUUGUUUAGGUUUCGUGGAUCAAUAAAAAAGGGGUUAUCAUUUUUGGAUAAGUUUGUUAUGGCGCUGCGUUUGAAAGAGACAACAAUAGGUUUUGGCUGUUUCUUAUGCAACUUAGGUUACAACAAUAAAGAGCUUUUUGGAAGAAACUGUUUUGGUUGUAG